AUGUUGCGCACUCUCGUUCGACGUGCACAUGUGCACAAGCCUGGAUUCAGGUUCCCAGACCGAAAAGCUCCCAAGGAAUCGCAUACGCCCCACCCGCACCCGGAAGCACCAGCAAGCGUGGUGUCCUCGUUCGACCAUUUCCAAAAGGUGUUUAGUUCGGGUCCGCAUUUCCACCCCGAGAAGCUCCAGUCUGCUCCGGCAUCCAGCAGCAGCGGUGCGCAACAGGGCGUGAACAUGGACGGAAGAGAGGCUGCCGAGGACAUCCAUCUGCUGCCCGAGAGGUUCUGGAAGACUCCCGCACUCGCCUUUUCGCCAGAGGAAAUGGACGCCGUCAUGGUAAGCCCCCAUGCCUCAUCGCUCAUCGAUCGAACACAAAGCUGA